ACUUAUGCUAAUAGUAGUUAUAUGAUAAUAUCAGAUGACACGUAGCAAUUAAAUCUCACUUAAAAAAGAAAAAAAAAAAGACAAAAUCACAUUUCACAUACCAAUACGAAAUUAAAAGGUUCAGAGUUGAGUUGGGGUUUCGUUUGCUCCUCUCUCUUUCUCCUCUGAAACCAAAUCGAAUAUAGGACGAGGAGGGAAUCAAAUAUAGGACGAGGAGGGAAACGAAGGAAAAUAAUUCCGCAAACGGCGACGGAGCAGACGUAGAAGCUGAUGAUACUGGCGACGGAGAAGAAGAUCACGUCCCUGUAACGGCAACGACUCGGAGCGCCACUGGACUGUCCGAUAUUGCUUUGGGGGGUUAUUAUUGAAUUAAUGCAACUUAAAGAAGAGAUGGAGGAAAAGCAUGAGGAAGUGGAAGAUGUUGAGAGUGCUUCUAGCGAUUCUUUUAUUGAUGAUUCAGAUGAUGAUGAACCAUCAACGUCUGGACAAGAUGAUAGAUCGCGUCUUGAGGCGCCUUUGACCGAGGAAGAAAUAGAAGAACUAAUUUCUGAACUUUUGGAAGUUGAGAGCAAGGCUGCAGAGGCCCAAGAAUCGCUCGAAGACGAGUCACUAGCAAAGUUAGAGAUUGAAGUUAGGGAAGAGUUGUCAAAUUCUAUCCAUGGGGAUGAUCUGGAGAAGGCUGUUGCAGAUGAAUUGGCAAUUUUCAGGGAAGAGUGGGAAGCUGUGCUUGAUGAGCUUGAGACAGAGAGUGCUAACUUGUUGGAACAACUUGAUGGUGCUGGUAUCGAACUCCCAAGCCUUUAUAAGUGGAUUGAAAGUCAGGCUCCUAAUGGCUGCUGCACUGAAGCAUGGAAUAAAAGAACACACUGGGUAGGAUCUCAGGCGACAGGCGAUGUUACUCAAUCAGUUAUGGAUGCUGAAAAGUAUCUCCAAGUCCACAGGCCUGUGAGAAGACAACAUGGCAAAUUAUUGGAGGAAGGUGCGAGUGGUUUUCUGGGAAAGAAACUUGAUCUUGGUGACAGAAAGGAAGCUGCGACUGCAAAUUCAGAUGUGGAGUGGCGCUCUUUUAACAAAAUGGUUUCUGACAGUUUAUCAGAGGAUAGUACUUCAUUUGGCAGCAAGCAUUGGGCUUCUGUUUACUUGGCCAGUACUCCUCAGCAAGCGGCAGCGUUGGGACUCAAAUUCCCUGGAGUCGAUGAGGUGGAGGAGAUUGAUGACAUUGAUGGAAAUCCUAGUGAUCCAUUCGUAGCGGAUGCUAUAGCAAAUGAAAAAGAAUUGGACCUUUCUGAAGAACAAAAGAGAAAUUUUAGGAAGGUUAAAGAGGAAGAUGAUGCUAAUAUUGAUCAGAAGCUUCAACUUCGUUUGAAACAAAGGAGACAUAGGAACAGAUUCGAACAGGAGGCUAUUCAGAAAGAAGUUCCCUCGGAGAAUAGGCUGAUGGAAGAAAAUACUGAUGGUACGGCACCUUUAGAUGUUUAUUCUCACGCUGUUGCAGCAUUUUCCGAGUCUGGUUUGCCUAAUAUUAAUGAACCUAGAGGGUCUAAGCGGUCACAUGAUGGUGAGGAAUUGGACACUGAUAAUAAGAAGAGUCGAACUAUUAUUAUAGAUAGUGAUGAUGAAGCUCAUGUCGCAGGGGAUAAAUCUGCUUCUCCUAUUUUCAAUGUAACUCAAAUGGUGGAUCAAUCUGGUUUGCAAGUUGUUGGAGAUGAUUCUGUUCAUGCCGAUUCUCUUCCUUUACAUGAUCUGAAUGAGAAUUCUCACUGUACUGCUUGUGAUAAAGUGGCUACUGAAGUGUACUCACAUCCACUUAUGAAAGUAAUUGUUUGCAGGGAUUGCAAAUCUUUUGUGGAAGCAAAGAUGCAUUUAAAGGAUCCUGAUUGCUUAGAGUGCUACUGCGGAUGGUGUGGGCAGAACAAUAACUUAGUUAGCUGUAGAUCAUGCAAAACAUUAUUCUGUACUGCAUGUAUCAAGAGGAAUUUCGGUGAAAAAUGCUUGCUAGAUGCGCAGGCAUCUGGUUGGCAAUGUUGUUGUUGCUCUCCAAGUAUUCUGCAGCAGUUGACUUUAAAGUUAGAGAAAGCUAUAGGAUCUAAUGGUCUGAUAGUUUCUAGCUCUGAUACUGAUUCAGACAGUUCAUGUGCAGAAAUAAAUGUUGCAAUCAGCAGCUCCAAGAGAAGACGGAAAAAGAAAAUUCGAAGAAUUCUUGAUGAUGCUGAAUUAGGUGAAGAGACUAAAAGGAAAAUUGCAAUUGAAAAGGAACGUCAAGAGCAUCUCAAGUCCUUGGAAGCACAGUUUUCCACCAAGUCCACGAUGACGAAUUCUGCAAGCUUUAAUGGGAAUAUAUCUGAAGGUGGCACCGUUGAGGUUCUUGGUGAUGUUUUAACAGGUUAUAUAGUGAAUGUUGUGAGGGAGGCAGGUGAAGAGGCUGUUAGGAUUCCUCCAAGCAUUUCGGCAAAGUUGAAAGCUCACCAGGUUGCAGGGAUACGAUUUAUGUGGGAAAACAUUGUUCAGUCAAUCAGUAAAGUAAAAGCUGGGGAUAAAGGGCUUGGUUGCAUUCUGGCUCACACCAUGGGCCUCGGUAAAACUUUUCAGGUUAUUGCUUUCUUGUAUGCUGCUAUGAGAAGCGUGGAUUUGGGAUUAAGAACUGCACUUAUUGUUACACCUGUAAGUGUUCUGCACAAUUGGCGGUAUGAGUUCAUGAAGUGGAGACCUUCAGAAUUAAAGCCUCUUCGAGUCUUCAUGCUGGAAGACGUUUCAAGGGAGAGAAGAGCUGAGUUGCUGGCAAAGUGGAGAACUAAGGGUGGUAUCUUCUUGAUUGGUUAUUCUGCUUUUCGGAAUUUGUCCCUUGGAAAGCACGUAAAGGACCGUCACAUAGCUAGGGAGAUUUCUUAUGCCCUGCAGGAUGGGCCUGAUAUACUGGUUUGUGAUGAGGCCCAUAUGAUCAAGAAUACCAGAGCUGAUGUAACCCAGGCCUUGAAACAAGUGAAAAGCCAAAGAAGGAUUGCAUUAACUGGAUCACCACUUCAGAACAAUCUGAUGGAAUAUUAUUGUAUGGUUGAUUUUGUACGAGAAGGAUUCCUUGGCAGCAGCCAUGAGUUUAGGAACCGCUUCCAAAAUCCCAUAGAGAAUGGUCAACAUACCAAUUCUACCGCUGAUGAUGUGAAAGUUAUGAACCAAAGAUCGCAUAUCCUGUAUGAAUACUUAAAAGGAUUCAUUCAGAGAAUGGACAUGAAUGUGGUAAAAAAAGAUUUACCCCCAAAAACUGUAUUUGUAAUAGCCGUGAAGCUUUCUCCCCUGCAGAGGAAGUUAUACAAAAGAUUUCUUGAUGUGCAUGGAUUCACUAAUGAAAAGAUUUCUAGUGAAAAGAUACAAAAGAGAUGCUUUUUUGCUGGGUAUCAGGCCUUAGCUCAGAUAUGGAACCAUCCUGGGAUUUUGCAACUGAUGAAAGACAAAGACUAUGGAAAACGUGAAGAUGCUGUUGAAAAUUUUCUUGCAGAUGACAGCUCUAGUGAUGAUAACAUAGAUUAUAACAUGGUUACUGGAGCUGAGAAGCUGAGGAGCAGGAAUGAAUUUCUGCAGAGAAAAAGUGAAAGCUUUCUUCACGAGGAUUGGUGGAAUGAUCUUCUUCAGAAAAAAAACUAUAAAGAGGUUGAUUAUAGUGGCAAAAUGGUUUUGCUUCUUGAUAUCCUGACCAUGAGCUCCAAUGUGGGAGAUAAGGCCUUGGUUUUUAGCCAGAGCUUAUCAACUCUAGAUUUGAUAGAAUUUUAUCUUUCAAAAUUUCCUCAGCAAGGAAAAAAAGGGAAAUGUUGGAAACAAGGAAAAGACUGGUACAGGCUAGAUGGAAGAACGGAGUGCUCUGAAAGGCAAAAACUGGUUGAGAGGUUUAAUGAGCCCUCGAAUAGAAGGGUAAAAUGUACCCUAAUAUCAACCAGGGCUGGAUCUCUGGGGAUCAACCUUCAUGCCGCUAACCGUGUAAUUAUUGUUGAUGGCUCCUGGAACCCGACAUAUGAUCUUCAGGCUAUAUAUCGUGUUUGGAGGUAUGGCCAGACAAAACCUGUGUUUGCUUAUCGACUGAUGGCACAUGGAACUAUGGAAGAAAAAAUAUAUAAACGUCAGGUGACAAAGGAGGGGCUUGCAGCGAGGGUAGUCGACAGACAGCAAGUACAUAGGACAAUAUCAAAAGAAGAGAUGUUGCAUCUCUUUGAUUUUGGUGAUGAUGAAAUUGUGGAUUCGACACCUGAGCUGGGGAAAGAGAAUGGGGAUGCAUCGAAACAAAAUAUGACUGGCCAAGUUGGAAAUUUUUUGAAGCAGAAACUGCCACUUCAUGGAAGCUUGUCUUCUGACAAGUUAAUGGAAAGUUUACUUGGCAAGCAUUACCCAAGAUGGAUUGCUAAUUGCCAUGAACAUGAGACCCUUUUGCAAGAGAAUGAAGAGGAGAAGCUAUCGAAAGAGGAACAAGACAUGGCUUGGGAAGUAUACCGAAGAACUUUCCAGUGGGAGGAAGUGCAGCGAGUUGUGGUUGAUGAACCUGCACCCGAGCAAAAGCCAGCAGUUUCAAGCAUACCCGGUCCUGUGCCUGAAAACACCAACCCAAUGCAAUCCAAAGGCAGUUUGAGGAAUCGUUCGGUUCAACGGAAAUGUACAAACCUAUCGCACUUGCUGACGCUCAGGAGCCAGGGCACAAAAGUAGGUUGCAGUACUGUGUGUGGAGAAUGUGCCCAGGAGAUAAGCUGGGAGGAUCUCAAUAAUGGCAGAUCAGCAAGGUGAGGUGGUGAUCUAUUGAACAACACCAAUCAUUUUUGUUUAUAUAAGGCUGAAUGUAAUUUAAUUGGCUGUUUUUUUUGUAAAAGGGUUUUUCUAAGUGUAAUCUCUUCUUGAACAAAAUACAUUCUUUUUUGGUAGGUAUAUGUUGAAAAGUUCCUGCUUAUUGGCAGGUAUCAAAGCCCAUGUAAAUUUGUGUCUUCGUACUGAAAAAUUUUAUGAAUGAAAAAUAUUCUGCCUUGUUAGGAAGAUGA